CUCUCCUUAUUUUUGGUGGUCUGCCUUCACAUCUAUACCCCGCCGAUACACGCCGCCGCCGCCGUCAGGAUCGCCGGCGCCGGCAUAUCGUCUUCUACGUUGAUACAGACAACCUUACCGUAUCUUCACUAGGCGUCCACAGUCUCCGUGUUUCUUCCUCCGAUCAGUUCUUGUGUUUGUCAAUUCGAUUAAGAGAAGUCUGAAAGCGCUAGAAUAAGCCAGCUUGAAGCAAAUGCACUGUAAAGAUUAAAGUAUAAUACAACCAGGAACUGAUGCAAGAUAAUAUACAAGGAAACAUGAUGAGUGACAAUGUUUUUGAUGCCCAGAAUUUGUCAGAGAAGUUAUCUAAGCUUAACAGUUCACAGCAAAGUAUAGAAUCAUUAUCAAACUGGUGCAUCACUUACAGAAAGAAGGCCAAAGAGAUAGUUGAAAUAUGGGACAAGUCAUUUAACUCUGCUAAAAAAGAACGUGUUGCUUUUCUUUAUUUGGCAAAUGAUAUUUUGCAAAAUAGUAGGCGGAAGGGCAAUGAAUUUGUGAAUGAAUUCUGGAAAGUACUUCCUGCAGCUCUGAGGAAUGUUUUUCAUAGUGCUGAUAAUAAUGGAAAGAAAGCAGCUACAAGAUUGAUGGACAUAUGGGAAGAGAGGAAAGUGUUCGGUUCUCGUGUUCAACAUCUUAAAGAUGAAUUACUCAACAAGGACCCUCCACCAAUAUUGUACAAUGUGAAGAGCUCGAAUCCCAUCAAAACAGUUAAAAAGGAUGUUCACUCAUUAAGAAUUAAAUUACCUGUUGGCGGUAUGCCCGAAAAAAUAGUUACUGCAUUUCAAUCCGUGCAUGAUGUUACUGAAGAAAAGGCUCUAGAGAAGUGCAAAGCUGCUGUCAAUAGUUUGGAAAAGAUGGAGACACUUGUGGGUAGUGCUUCAGCUGAAGAUGAGAUGCAUGCACUAGAAGGGAUCCUUCAAGAAUGCAUGAAGCAACUUCAUAGUGCUGAAGAAAAUAGGUCUUUCUUGGUUACCAUUCUUAAAGCUGCAAUUGAGGAGCAGGAAUCUAAGCUAGAAAUUGUUCAAACAUAUUUGCAAGCUGCGAGACGUAAUAUGGAGCAAAUGAACAAUAUGAAGCAACCCCGGCUGACUUCCCCACCACUAUCCAACACUAAUAUAAUGCAGCAAACAACAACUAACAGUUCCUCUUCUUUGGACCAACCGACUGUUUCUUUAGCCCCUCUAAAGACAAGUGAAGACGACAACAACAAAUCUGCUGCAGCUGCACUCGCAGCUAAACUGGCUUCCUCCACAUCUUCUGCACUAAUGUUUACAUCCGUUCUUUCAUCCCUCGUGGCACAAGAGAGUGCCUCAAUGAGCUCUCUCAAAAGAUCUCCAUUCACUUCCAGUUCCCCUCCCGAUAAACGACCAAAGUUCGACACAACCAAUUCCGACACAGCCGGAAUUUUCACCUCUCUUCAGCAACAACUGACUAAUCAAGUCCAAGCCGGAUUUUCACCAAACCCUCAACCACCUUCAACUCAGUUCCUCCAGUCUCCCGGUUUAAUGAUGUACCCAUUUAACAACAAUGGACCCUUUACAUCACAACAUAUGCCAAUGGGGCUCGUAAGACCAAGUCCAGCUUCACCACAGCAGCCGCAAACUAACAAUUCUUCUGGUGGUGGGUAUUAUCAUCCUUCUUCGGGUAUGACUGCACUAUAUGGGCAAAGUCAACCGCCAUCUACACCACAGGUAAACAGACAGUGAGUGACAUCUCUGAUGAAUUCGGAUCGAAUAGAAUAUAGAUCUGGAGAAAUUAAACUUUUCGGAUUUGUAAAUUAAUAGGCAUAUCAUUACCUGUUAUAUUCUCCAUUUAUGCUCUCUUCUUUUUCUUUAACUGGAAAUGAAACUUGAAAUCCCAUCCCAUCAGGGAUGUGUUUUACUACUGUAAAAUGAUUCCGUAGCCAGCUUGAGCUAAUUAUUAUUAGGACUACAACUGCAAUGUAACAAUACUAGAAUCAUAAGUUUUGGCUGAGCUUUUUAGGAUCUUUU